AUGGUAUGGACUUCAGCUCCCCAGACUGGAAAUGAACGGUCCCGAGCCUUGGCGAGAGCGGCCACGCAGCUGAUUCCUGACCGCGCGGUCACGACUGAAACCAGGGACCGUCGGGCUAUCUACCUCAAGGAGUUCGACGCCUGGUUGACUGAGGCCAUGGAUUUGUCGGUUGAUGUUUUGCUGGCUGAGAAGCCGGCUGACCCUGAAAAGAUCUCUGAAUGUUUGGUGCAGUACGGCCGUGCCCUUUUCACAGCUGGAAAGAGUUACCAAAAGUAUUCUGAGACAAUCAAUGCGGUUGGCACUGCCCGGCCGCUGAUAAAGCGUCAACUGACUCGAGCCUGGGAUUUAGCUUUUGCAUGGUUGCAGGAUGAACCACAUUCCCACCAUCCUGCCCUUCCUGCUAGCAUUCUACUUUCUAUGCUGAGCACUGCCCUAAUUUGGGGAUGGAAGAGGGAGGCCGCCCUUUGGGCCAUGGGAUGGAGUGGUAUCAUGAGGGUUGGUGAAAUGUUGAUGACCCGACGAUCGGACCUCAUCUUGCCAUCAGAUGCUGCACCGGGUUUCACACACAUCCUGGUGAAGAUCCACCAACCAAAAACUCGAGGUCGAGGGGCGAAGCAUCAGGCGGCCCGAGUGGACCAGGAGGACUUGGUUAGGCUGAUUGCUGGAGCCUUUAAGGACGAAGCAGCGGACGCCUUGCUGUGGCCUCUCUCAGCAUCCACUCUCCGAAAGCGAUUCGGUGCUGUCUUGAAAGAGGUAGGUUUGCCCACUCGCCGUGAAGGAGAACAACGACCCUAUGAGCUUGCUAGCCUUCGAGCUGGCGGUGCCACUUGGACAGUGGAGGCGAGCUACAACUCGUCGGACAUAGAAUCAUCUCCCAGUUUUCCAUAUCAGGUUCCAAUGGGUGCUUUGCGAUGGAACAACGGAGGCCGCGGGCUUUUCUCACAAAUGGAUCCUUCUGUCAAGGUGCGCAGCAAUGUGGUCCAGCUGCGAAUGCUUGAUGUGCGAUACAAUCGAACAAAGCUGCGAUAUCGCUUUAUGGUCAAUCAGACUCCAAGUUGCUCUCAAAGACCAAGCGAGGACUUGCUAAGACUCUGUUGCAAUGCCUCCAAUGAAACAGGUCGACCAGGAAGCUUUGCAUCUUUGUCUUGCUUGCCUCCAGUUGCGUGGGAUCCAGCCCCAGUUCGACGAGCUGCUAGCUCCACCACCCCCAGGCGUAGAGGUAGCGAAGCCAAGGCGGUCUACACAGCCAGCAUUGUGGAGGUGAUUGCGAGACACCUGCCAUUUCAGCAAGGCCUCGAGAGCCUGCUCGAGGACAUGCGGCUGUGGACUCCAAAUGGCCAGCCAGUGCUCAUGGCUGGAACUCUGCUCCGCCUACGUGGUGGAAAUCUAAAGGUUGCACGCGCUUGUGACAGUAAUGGCGAUGCAUCUGCUAGGCUGAUACUUCGAGAAGGUGAGAUGCUGGAUUUGCCAGAAGGCAGCUUCUUUGCAGAUUCGUUUUGCCGAGCAGUUUUUGCACGAGCAAAACAAGCAAUAGCUCAGCCUUGGCAGACCUUUGCAGACCUUUUGCUGGAAGCUGCAGAAGAGGUUUUGGCUGAUCCAUCGCUUGUCCAGUCUUCCACAACGCAGACCUUCAGUACCUCCACGGUGACAACGUCGACGUUUUCCAGCUCGACAAGUUCAUCCAUCAGCAGCACGUCCUCCACGAACACCAUGUCCUCCACAAGCUCUACCAGAACAACAACCUCACUCAAUCUCACAAGUACUUCCAGCCAGACAGCAAGCACAACAACUUUAACAUUCAGCUCAACCAUGUCCAGGAGCACAACGAGUUCAACCCAGGUGCAAAACACAUCCACCUCAACCACGGGGACAUCAACCACAGUAGCGUGGUGCGUGAGAGACGAUCCAGCACAGCGCUCACAAAGGGACACUUGGUGUCCCAGUGGCGUGGACUCGGAGACAGCUUUGCCUCUCUAUGCCGAUGUUGAGCUGUCCGAUUCGAAUGGAGUGCUUCUUGUGGGCGUGUCUUCGGUGCAACUGUCGCUGAAUGAAAGCUCGCCUUUGGCUUUGCGAUUUCCAGGCAGCAGUGGUCGGCUUGUCCUUCUUUCGCCACAGCGAUCAAUCUUCUUCAUCUGGGCCAUGUCUGAGAUCUUUAGCUCUUGGGUGGGCUCCUGGCAAGAACUCCAUCAGCUCUUUGUCGCAGGAGAUGUGCUCAGAGAAUGGCAAACUGUGCUCACGAUGACAACGACCAGCAGCACAAUGACUGUGACUUCGACCUCGGCCACCAUGACUUCGACCACGCAAAGCGCUAGCCCUUUUCCUCUCACACAAGCUGCUUCUGGUGUCCUCCUGUCAGCUCUUGAGCUGGCCUUCUCUGAUCCCUUGGAGGUCUUCUCUCGUGCCUUGGCUUUGGACUUGGAUAAGUCCAACCUGGCAAUUGCUGAGAGUUGGGCAGCGAGAGGGCUGGAUGCCUCGGAUCUUCUCAGCAGCUGGUGCCAGGUGCCGAAGUUGGCACCCACUCAGAAUUUGAGUGACGUAUUCUCAGCUUUGGAUCCAGCAGCUCUCAAAGUGGUCGACAACACUGGCUUCAGACCGCUACACCUUGUGCUGGAAGCGUUGGACAAAGGGCUGCCCUCUUGGUGGAAUGCAAGCUAUUGGGCAGAUUCUGCAGGUGGACCGGAGUGGGAAAUACCCAUCCCAAGGACCUCAACCAUAACCCGAACCACCACAAGUACUGUGGCAGACCUGUGGGCAGUGUUGUGUCCUGAUGUGGAAUGCUUGCCACCCCAAGACUGUGGCGUUGAUCCUUCAGAGUUGGAGUGCGUUGCCUGGUCAGAGCCGCUGCAGCGGUUUGUCCCUGCACUAGGUUGCACGCUGGUGGCAGAGCCAGGUCGCCAAUGGCCUUUGCUUCAGUCCGGUCACUUCGAACUUCUUUGCGAGUGCGAAGGUUGGGCGUUGCAUCCUGCUAUGGCCAUAGCCGAGAGGAGGCCCGAAUUGACACCCUUUCCACCUCAAGUAACGAUCACAACGCGAGAGUAUGCAGUGUCUUGGUGGGACAAGGUGAACAGGUACAACUUGCGUGGCUUGGCGCUGGUCUUCACUUUGGCGAUUUUGGCAGUCUUGCAUUUGGCUGUUGCAGCCUUUGCAGAGGUCAGAUGGCGGAUACAAGCCCGCUGGGUGGCCAUGCAUGCUGCAAGAACCAAAGGAGUGCAGGUGGAAGUAAAGAAGCUCGAUGAUACAGAGAAGGAUUUCAUCAAGCGUCGAUUAGAAGAAAUUCGUACAGAAGGUGAGUUCAGUGCUGCCAUUCUGGCUGCAGAGGCGGAUGCCACACUGCUUCAGACCCAAGGACUCCAGCACAACUCUGUCACCACCACCUCGCUGGAUCUUCGUCAUGCGAAGGAUGGCCUAGCAACGCUGUUUCAGGCACAUGGGCUGGGGGAUGUGGAGGAUGACAUGGUGCGGCCAGCCCUCUCUGGGCAAGGUCCAUCAACACCUACCGUGAGCACCUCCAUCGUGACGACCACUUUGACAAAGCAAACUCCCUCCAUCGCGGCAGUGUCACCACCAAACCAUUCAAGUGCCCGAUCCCAGACUCUUUCUUUGCGGGAAGCAGCUCAUGAGGAAGCUUUUCAACCAGAAGCCAUGAUUUUGGUCAAGCAGCCCUUCAGAGAAAGGGCCAUCAGCUAUGCAAAUGCCUGGCUGGUGGAUGCCCGCCAGCGGUGUACAAGGAAGACCAUUUGGCAUGCUUGCCAGAAGCAUCACAAGAUCAUCUCCUUGACAGAUGACUCUCAAACAUGGACUUUCAGUGCUCCAGAACGGGCAGCAGUCUUCCACUUUAGCCUGUGGAUCAAUUCGGUUUGCCUCGCACUUGUUCUUGGUGGUGGAAUUCAACGGCGUCCUCACAAGGAUCCAUUUUGCCCAGGAGCUGACCAUGAGCUUCGCUUGGCUUCUGCAGGGUGUUUGCUGCAAGGCUCACAGCUCGGCGAAGCGCUUCUUGCGGCGCUGUGGGCGGUGCCUAUCGCAGCUUUGCUCCAAACCAUUUGCCGUGGCCGCAGCUUCAUGCAUCGGACGCAGGAUCUCUCUGCUACAGCACGGGAAAGAGCCUUCACACGACACUUCUUGGGUCCCUGGCCUUCGAUGAUCAUGGCGCCAGAGGAGGCGAAGGCGCGAUUGUGGAACUUCCUCUGUGGAGUGCUGGCAGUGUUGUGUUGUUGCUCCUGCUGCCCUCGGCCAAAGCGCCGUCGCCUUGUGCCUUUGCAUUGGCAGCCUUCAUUGGUUCCGCUCUGCGCUGUUUUGGUGCUGCUGCUCACGGCUUGGAGUGUGUGCUACUAUACGUUUUUCUUCUCAUCUUCGAUUUAUAUGUAUGAGGUCUCACGAACCGAUACUCCUCAGUUGGAGACUGUGAUUCCUCCAGAUGAACGCGCUGAAGUCACUGCAGCCAACAGUGACGGUCCUCUUGAAGCCCGCUUGAUUUUGGUGCCAGAAAUGCAGAGAUAUUUGCUGCUUCUAGUGCUGAGUUGGUUGAUGAACUUUCUCAUCGUUGAGCCAUUGCUUUUGGUGCUGCAUUUGUUCGUGGGUGAGCCAGCUGUUGCUGACGUGGCUGGUUUUACAUGGAACGUGCUGAGCGUGCCAGUUAGAUGGUUCUGGUGGCUCUUCGGUUUGUGCUUCCCUCAGCAAUGCCAGCACCAGGCUUGGCGCUUCGGGAAGGAGGUGACCGAUGCACUACAGAGGUGUACAAAUUCCAUCGGUCUCGCAGUUGCAAAGCUGAAGGAUAGGUGCACUUGUUGCAGAUCCAGUGCUGUGGCACCACUGUCGCCGGAAGACCUACAAGAAACCAUCGAAUCAGAAGGUGAAGAAGAGCGAGCAGGGCCAAAGGAAGGGAAGGAAGAGAAGGAAAUGCAUCAGAAAAAAAGUGCGAAGAAGAGGAGACCAAAGUCUUGA